UCUCAUUUUUCAUAAAGGAUCGCUUUUCAUCAUCAUCAUCAUCAUCUUCUCUUCUAAUUCCACUUCUCAUUCUCUCAAACACAAGCACGACCUCAAUCUAACUUCGAUCUCUCUCGAUUUCAUUCAAUCAAUACGAUUAAAAAUUUAAAAAUGGCGAGCGAAGGAACAGUGUUCACACCAUCACUAGAAGCAAUGAAACAUGUGAAAUCUGAGCAAGGAGAAAUGCUCACCAAACCUUUCUUGGAAGUCUGCAAAUUGAUUUUGCCUGUAAUAGAUAAGUUUGGUGCUGCUAUGUCACUUGUAAAAUCUGAUAUCGGCGGUAACAUAUCGAGAUUGGAGAAUAAGUAUUUAAGUGAUCCAACUAAGUACACUCAGUUGUACUCUAUGGUUCAAGAGGAGAUUGUUGCUAAAACUGCUAAAGGUUCUUCUAGUUGUACUAAUGGUCUUCUUUGGCUAACCAGAGCAAUGGAGUUCCUUGUGGAACUGUUCCGCAAUCUACUUGCUCAUCAGGAUCAGACUAUGUCUCAAGCAUGUAUAGAUUCUUAUGGCAAGACACUGAAACGAUUUCAUGGCUGGCUUGCAAGUUCAAGUUUCACGAUUGCUAUGAAGCUUGCACCAGAUAGGAAGAAGUUCAUGGAAGUGAUAGCAGGCUCAGGUGAUAUUGAUGGUGACAUGGAAAAAUUUUGCUCAUCCUUUUCGCCAUUUCUUGACGAGAAUCACAAAUUCCUGGCUAGUGUUGGUAUGGAUGAACUGAAAGCUUCAUAAUAGAAGAGGGCGCUGCUUAUCCAUUACUCUUUUUGCUCUUAUUGCUUGGCUUAAAAACUUAUAAAAGAAUUUGUUAAAUUAAACAAUAUAUUUGAAAUUAUACAUCACACAUUAUUAACUGUUGAA